AUGGGUCAAAGUCUCUUUGAGCGUAUCCAGGCCAAGCUGGAGCUCUUUCGCCUUGAGCAACGCUACACCCGUCGCCGCAACCGUCGAUCCACCUUUGUGUCCAACGCCGUCUAUGUUGAUGGCGAGUACGUCUACCAGACUCCCAACAGCACCGGCUCUUCUGCAGAGUCCACCACAUCUCGCAUGGACGCACUCCACGGCGACCGCGCCUCGCCCACUCCCCGAUCUCCCAUGCACUCCAUGACCCCCGAACCCACCUCUCCUACCAUGGAGGCACUGCCUGAGCGUAAGAAGCUGAACCGCUUCAGCUCAAUGCCCGGCUUUGGAGGAUCCCGAACGGACCAGCAAAGGACAGUCCAGCGCCGAACCAGCAUGAUUCGGUAA